AUGUCAUAUUCUUCGUCUUCAUCUCACAGACACAGAAGAGAAUCAAGAGGUUCAUCCAGUUCCUCGUCUGCAUCGACUCCAUGGAGUACUUGGGAAUGGAGUGGAGACAGAAAGCGAUGGGAAGCUUGUCGCAUCAAUUCCAGGGGUGUAACCGAAUGGAGAUUUGAGAACGACCAAUCAACUUCGACCUCAUCUGCCAAUGCAUUAGUCCCCAGAUUUGACGAUACUUCACAGCUGGACACAGUAUCCGAAGAUACAACUCAAUAUUCGAUUGAACAAAACUAUACAACAGACAACAAAGAUGUCGGAGCACUUACUGACUCGCUGGAUUCUACUAGUUUGGUUCCCGUGGCUGAAGCGGAUCCACCUAUUGUAGCCAAACUGAAGCCGAACAACACUUCUACUGAGCAUAGGAACUUUGAUCCAAAUUAUAAAGUACACGUGGCUCGUGAAUUUGGUUUUGGGAGGGUCUUUAAAGUUCUUUGGUCUGAACCGACGGGCAAUGCACGUGGAGGAACCAUGGUGUCAGUUAGAAAAAAGCUUGGAGAAGAGAUACAUGCAAAAGUACGGAGAUUCGUGGUCGUAGACCCCAGGAAAGGUCAUUGUCUUUGCUUGCCAAUUAUGACCUACGAAGGUAGGGCGACGAACAAGCCAGGUGUGCAUGCUGACGAGCAUGCCAUUAUUUUUACCACUUCUGAGCCAAUGUUGGUUAAACAUGAGGAUGGGAGCAAGAUGAAAUAUCGUCCAGUCAAGAUGAUACCAGACUCGAACAAGCAUAAACUUGAAGCCGCAUCACGGAUUAACUAUCACAAGGUUUAUACUGUGGAGUAUAAUGUUAAGGUUUGGUUUAUCGGUAGGAUCGAUCCGGGUUCCCGGCGAGCAGUGACAGAAUGUUAUGAUCAAGCUCAUCCACCGUUGAGUCGAUCAACUCAAGCACUUACACCAAGCUCGUACCCGAGCAACCCAGCUUAUAGUUCCUCGUCCUACAGUUAUGGUGAUACUAUGCCUUCAUCAGCACCAAAUUAUGGAGGGACAGGGUACAAUAUCGACCCCAGCAAUUCCAACCAAUAUGGAGGAUACAGUACUACAGGGCAGCCUGCACCAACACAAUAUCCACCAGCACAAUACCCACCAACACAGUACCCACCAACACAAUAUCUUCCAUUGCAAUAUCCUCCAUCGCAAUACCCUUCAUCACAAUACCUACCAUACACAUCUAAUGAAGACCAAGGAUGGGAUCACGACUCCUCAGAUACAUAUGGAGCAGGUAGAGGUGGAGGCCAACAAUAG